AUGGCUCGCCUCUCGACGGCGAACACGAUUGUCCGCGUUGAUCAGGCGGUCUCGGCCUCAUCCGCUCGUCCUCGACCCUCCUCCCCAGAUUCUCCUCUCUAUUUCUCCCAAACGGAACAUCCCGAGAGCCCCCAGGCUGCUCGAAUUUUCGCUCGCAAGUUCGCGGUACCGGCGAGUUCCCGGGACAAAUUUGCGACAGAGCCAUUUUCAUCUGUGAAUACGUUCACGGGAAAGUUCUCCGGCGAGCGAUUUCCGGCGAACUACUGCACCUCGACAUCCCAGUAUUCGCCAUCGAUUUCGUGUUGUCAAGCUGACCACCCUUGCCUGCUUCACCGUUGCCAGGGAUCAUCCAAACCUCGACGCCAUCAAACUCCAACGAUCUGUGUUCACUGUUUGGAUUGUCAAGAGUGCUUUUGUGACGAGUGCACCAAUCCCUCUCCUCACCACCAAGGUCACUACUCUGAUUAAGUAAUGCUGGAUUAGGAUCACGAGUCUUCGCUCAA